GGUAAUGGCCGCUCUCACUGUGUCGUGCAGGGUUUAUGCAUUUCUCCGGUAGAGAAAAAUAAGAACCCCAGACAGAUCGCUCAUUGUUUGAACGCAGUCACCCCAAGGAGAGAGACCGGGUGACUCCCUACACUGAGACCCUGUCUCCCGAGACUCUGUGGUUUGAAAGGUGACCGAAUGUGUUUUAAUACGCGAUGUCCGUUUGUUGUGCAGGAGGGAGCGCUUUAUUGUUGCAUGAGAUUUUAGCCAGUGUGCAUCGAAGAAACUCCGUGCAACGGCGUAACUCGCGAAUUUAGACUUAGGAAGUAACGUAUGUGUUAUUUAAGCGCAAGUCUCGGGUUUUAGGCGGCGCGAUCGUUCGGAAAAUGUCGGAAAUGGUGUGGUUUUCUAGUGUGCGGGCAGGACUCGGGCCUGUUAGCCGCAUCGCCAUCAACGAGCUCUCCCGUUAAAGAUAAAGCGGCUAGUAAGACAUGUGUCGGUCUCCCUCUCAUGAAUCCAUUGCCUUAAAUCUGAGAAGGUAAACAAGUUCCAGAUGAUUCAAUGAUUGGCCUUUGUGUGAGUUCUUGCUAAUGGAUACGCCUGAGAGCCCCACCCAGUCCCCACAAUCUCCUGAGGAAGAGGAGAAGGGUCUCUCCGACAAUGAGCUACUGGAGUCGCCCGAGUCCCCAGCGGAUGUAGACAAGGGAGUUUCGGACAGUGAGCUUUUGAAUGAUGAUGAAAAUGACGUACAGGAGCGUGGCGGAGACUCAGACUUUGAGGAUGGAGACAGGGUAGCAGCUAGAGGCGAAGAUCCUGAGGAGGUAUCAGACCUGGAUGACUACAAGAUGGACAGGGAGGAGAGAGAAGACGUCCACCAACCAGACCUCGGUUUGAUGUCCCGAGGAAGCAGACAGAACCCUAGCCAGUCUCCAGAGGAGGAAAUCCUUGAGACACCGAGAUCACCUGAUCCUGACUCGCCGGGGCCAGAACACGAGCGACCUUUCACCCCAGUGGAAGAGGAGCGAGAUGAGGAGGAUGAGACGACCACCAAAUCUGGUCUUGGCCGUGCUGAGCUUGAGGAAGAGGAUGAUGAGGAAGAAGAAAGGAGGAGGAGAAGGAGGGCGGCGAUGGUAGUGAGCGAUUUGAAGGACGAAUCUUCCGUGUCUAGAGAUCUGGAUGAACAUGAGCUGGAUUAUGACGAGGAGGUUCCAGAAGAGCCGAGUGCUGCUGCUCCUGAGGAGGACGAGGCAGAGAAGGGUCCCGCUGGGGAGGAUGGAGAAGAUGAGGAAGAGGAUGAUGAAGAGGAGGAGAAAAGACGGAAGAAAAAGGAAAGAAAACCAAUUCUGCCUCCCGAUAAAGAUACGCCGCUGAGAAGAUCUGAAGAUUCAAGAGAGGGAGGCAGGAGAGAUUCGUUCCGUGAUAGAAAGAAAGAAGAAGACGAUGGAGAGAUUGAUGAGGGAGAGAUAGAUGAUGAUGAUCUUGAAGAGGGGGAGGUGAAGGACCCCAUGGACCGGAAGAUCAGACCCCGACCCAUCUGCAGGUUUUUCAUGAAAGGUAACUGCACAUGGGGCAUGAUCUGUAGGUUCAUCCAUCCAGGAGUCAAUGAUAAAGGCAACUACUCCCUCAUCUCCAAGCCAGAUCCCUUCUCUCCUAACGGAGCACCUCCUGGAGGAGCAGGAAGUGGUGGACCUCACCCCCUCAUGCCUGCUAACCCCUGGGGAGCCCCUGCCGUAGAAGAAUUGCCUCCCCCUCCACCGCCUCUAGAUCCACCAGUGGAGAGCGCCUGGGAAAGAGGCCUUAGACAUGCCAAAGAGGUGUUGAAGAAAGCCACCAUCCGUAAAGAGCAGGAACCUGAUUUUGAGGAAAAGCGUUUUACCGUAACCAUAGGUGAAGAUGACAGAGACUUUGACAAAGAAAAUGACUUCUUCAGGGAACGCGGAUAUCGUAUCACCAGAGAAAUCAGAGAUGCGGGUGAUAUUGAGUUCAGAGAUCCAGGUUAUGGUGAUCCAUAUGGCGACCCAUACUAUGAUUAUGAGAUGGAAGCUUUUUGGCGAGGAGGCCAGUAUGAGAAUUUCAGAGUGCAGUACACAGAGACCCCACUGCCGUACUACCCUGACCGAGAGCGGGAACGAGAUCCACGCGAGCGCCAUCGCGAGAGGGAACGGGAGCGUGAGAGAGACCACCGUGAGCGAGAGCGCAGGCAGAGAGAGCGAGAAAGGGAGAGAGAACGAGAACGGGAGAAGGAAAGCCGGCGCAGGAAGGAGGAAUGGGAGAGGGAUCGUCUCAAACGGGACGAAAAGGAGGGAAGACCUAGAGAGCGGCCUCCCAGAGAGCCACGGGAGAAGAAAGAUGAUAAGGAGAAGCCACUCAAACCACGUUCGCCCACGAACAUGCCACCCAGAGGGCCAAUGGAGCCACCACCAAAGAAGGAGAUGGUCCCGUUGCCCAAGAGGCCAGAUGAAUGGAAAGACCCCUGGCGCAGGUCUAAAUCCCCUAGGAGAAGACCCGGUCUCAUGGGCUCCCCUCCACGUGGCCGUAGACGACACAGGCCCUCUGGAUCUUCAGUUUCUCUUUCCAAUUCAUCUAGGUCUUCAUCCCGAUCUUCGUCGUUCACGGGUUCUGGCUCUUCCCGUUCCCGUUCUCGCUCACGGUCUUCUUCGAUGAGUUCCUACUCAAGUCACUCGUCUCAGCACAGCUCUUUCAGCGGAAGCCGCUCUAGAUCACGAUCCUUCUCUUCCUCACUCUCCCCGACCCCCUCGGCACAAAGAAACACUAAUAAGAACAAAGCUGAGCAGCCUCCCGGUGCAUUGAAAGGCCCCCCAUUGAAGCCUGGUGCACUGCCCCCUCCUCGCAGGGAGAAAGGACCCCCUAAAAUGAUGCCCAGUCCCUCAUUACCUGAACAGCCAGGUAAACCACCCAAGCCAAUCCCUGAGGCGGGAAAGCCCCCCAACCCCCGUCCAGCUGGAAGACCUCCUGGACCCAGAGAGCCAAGAGAGCCAAGAGAGCCCAGAGAGCCCAGAGAGCCUAGAGAACCCAGAGAGCCCAGAGAGCCGAGAGAGCCGAGAGAACCACCCAACAUGAGAGAAGGACGCAAGAAAGAACGUCAACAGAACAACCCACCUCGCAGGCGAACAGUGAGUGGCAGUGUAAGUGGCAGCAGUUAUUCUGGCUCCAGCUCACGCUCAAGAUCCCAUUCCUCCUCCGCCUCGCUCUCCCGGUCCCGUUCCGGGUCCCACAAGUCUAGGUCUCUGUCGGUCAGUAGCGUGUCGUCUGUCUCAUCCGCCUCCUCCAGCAGUAGCUCAGUCAGGAGCGCCGACUCUGAUGACAUGUACGCUGACCUGGCCAGCCCUGUGUCCUCGGCCAGCUCCAGAUCACCCACACCAGGCCAUGCCCGCAAGGAAAGGGGCCCUCCACGAGACAGGGGCCCCAACAAAGAAAGAGGAAAACCACCAAAGAAAGACGAGCCUUUCAAAGAUGAGCGAAAGCGAGUGGACCCCUCCGGUCUCCCCCCCAAGACCGGCUCUGGCAUGCCUAGAUCCGGGAACCGAGGUCACCCCAUGCACCCGCCUCCUAUGGGUCCUCCAGGAGGAUACGGCUCUCACAAGGACAUUAAACUCACCCUGCUCAACAAGCAGCAAACCGACAGGGGCAAUAGGAAAAGGUACUUUCCUGCCGAUAAAGAGCGACCCCCUUCGCCUCUCAAUAAGAGGAUGGCGCUUUCGCCUGACAGAGGUCGUGACAGGAGGAUCCCCGGUCGCCCCCCGCUGUCUCCUAGAAUGGAGCGGCCCAAAGGCCAGGGUCCUCGACCCAUGCCACCACAAGGAGAAAGGAAGCGUCCUUUAUCUCCACCACCCAAAUCUUCUGGGAAAGCUCCUGCUGCUGUGUCUGCAGGUAAACCACCUGCUCCCGGGGCUGGAUCCGGUUCCGGCUCCGCUUCCAGUUCGGGCUCGGGCAAGCCGAGCAGCACUCUUUCUCGCCGCGAGGAGCUGCUGAAACAAUUAAAGGCUGUUGAAGACGCCAUAGCCCGCAAAAGGGCCAAAAUCCCUGGGAAAUAAACCUGGCGUUAUCUAAUUUCUGGGACAUCUGCUUCUCGACGCCCAGUGUUUGCCAGAAAUGGGCAAAUGGUCGCCGUUCUGAACUCUAAGGGCUCAUGUCCUUGGGAAAAGAGACCGCCGUUACAUUUCUGCUUGUUUUGCCCUCAGAGAGAGGUUGUUUAGAUUUUAUAUCAAUGUUGAGAAGUGGCCCGUUCACUUCAUGUUUGUUUUCGCAGGAAGAUGGAAUCUUUACUGUAGUGUCUCAAAGAUAAAAACUGUACAUUCAGCGCACAUUUUUGCUCUUCAUCCUGCCGCUCAUAUAUCCUAGUUGCUUUAUCCCCACUCCUGUUAUUUUAUGUGGUAUGACAGAUGCUUCAUCUGUUUGGACCAGCCUGGAUGCAUUUCACGUUGGUCCUGCUCAGUCUGCCUUUUCAUAACCAUACAGUUAGGAAAGUCCACCUUAACCAAUGACUUUGUCUAUCCGCCACCACGUGUUUAGCAUUUACUGUUUUUCACAAUGUGCAACUACAAAGUCAGGUGACAGAAUACCUGUUGCAUUCUAGAGAACCAAUGACAGUGAUGUGAAGUAUUGCUUUUUUAAGAUUCUGCAUUGUUUCCCCUAGCUUUUCAAGUGAGAACCUGCGUUUUAUUUGUCCCUCAUUUUUAGUUGAACGUGUGAGAGGCUGCAAAUGGGGACACCCGGAGAUAAGGAAUAAUUCCGUCUUGCUUUUUGUGACAGAAAAAAGCUUCUAAAUAAACUAUUUUGAUAAAGAUGAUAAAUCUGUUGAAGUGAUUCCUGUAUUUAAUGAAAUACUUUUCCAUCUGUGCACAUAUGAAGGUCUGAUGCAGAGCAUGUGUACAUAUUCUUCAUUGGCAGGGUUGCC